ACCAUUCGCUGUGAUGGGAGGGAGCGGAGAAUAGAUGGGCGUCUGCCUCGCUAGUUUAUUCAAGGAGGAAGAGAAAGGUAUGAGAGGGGCAGGGCAUGGAGAACAGAGGUAGGCUAGAUUAAAUACAAGUAAGGGUUCUCUUGCAGAUUCUUCUUAGAUCUAGGGCUGUUGACUAGUCUUUUUCAUAACCAACAGACUGCAAGGGAAAUCAUUGAAACAUUUUAUUCUUACUUUCAUAUUAUAAUGCGGAAGGCAUGUCUUGUAAAGUGACAUGUCACGACAGAGCGAGAAUAUGAGCUAAUAGUCAGUCAAAAGCGAAGUAUUAAGACAGGUUUAUACGGAACAAAAAAACAGAGGAGAGAAGGCGAACUAUGACCGAAGAUGAUUUCUGCUAAGAAAACUCCGGAAAAGAGUCGUUAUCCUAUUCACUACAUGGUGUGGCACGACAAACAUCCGCAACUAGAGAAAGCGCUAUCCGGGAACGAGCAGGUGGACGUGGAGACCCUGGACCCCCGGGGUCGGACUCCCCUCCACCUGGCUGUCACUCUGGGUCACCUGGACUGUGCCCGUCUGCUCCUUCAACAUGGUGCUGACGUCAGCAAGGAGAACCGCAACGGCUGGACGGUGCUCCAGGAGGCAGUCAGUACACGAGACCCGGAGCUGGUACGUCUAGUUCUGCAUUACCGUGACUACCAGCGGACCACUAAGAGACUGGCGGGAAUCCCUGUCCUCCUGGAGAGACUGCACCAGGCUCAGGACUUUUAUGUGGAGAUGAAAUGGGAGUUUACAAGCUGGGUGCCGCUGGUGUCUCGUAUCUGUCCCAGUGACACAUACCGCGUGUGGAAGAGUGGCCAGUGUCUGCGCGUAGACACCACUCUCAUGGGCUUUGAUCAGAUGACCUGGCAGAGAGGAAACCGAAGCUUCAUCUUCCGGGGUCAAGACUCCAGUGCAGUGGUGAUGGAGGUGGACCACGACAGACAGCUGGUGUUCUGUGAGACGCUGUGUGUGUCCUCUCUGACGUCUCCCACCUCGCAGCGGGGCACUGCCGGCCUGGGCCUCCUGGGGGCACUACAGCCCAGUGGGGAGCAGGUGGUAGCCCGCCUGUCCGCCCCCGUGGUCACCACCCAGCUAGACACCAAAAAUAUCACCUUCGAGAGGAAUAAGACUGGCAUCCUAAGCUGGCGCAGUGAGAAGAACGAGAUGGUGAACGGGUAUGAGGCUAAGGUGUAUGGCGCCUCCAAUGUGGAACUGAUCACUCGAACCCGAACGGACCAUCUCAGUGAGCCACUCAAGGCGAAGCCCAAAGUCGGUAAGACGCCCCUGCAAAACUUCCUAGGGAUCGCCGAGCAACACAUGGGGCCCAACAAUGGGGCCCUAGUGACUCAGAUGUCAUGUCCUGCCGUGACCAACCCCACAGCCCUGACAGCCGAGGAGUACUUCAAUCCCAACCUGCCCCUGGGCACCCGGGAUAUUGGCCACCCCUGUCAACUCACCACCAAGACUCAGAGGUUCAAGGCUAAGCUGUGGCUGUGUGAGGCCCAUCCUCUGUCCCUAGCGGAGCAGGUGGCACCCAUCAUUGACCUCAUGGCCAUCUCCAAUGCUCUCUUCGCCAAGCUCAGGGAUUUCAUUACCCUGCGACUGCCACCUGGCUUCCCCGUCAAGAUCGAAAUUCCCAUCUAUCACAUCCUGAAUGCCCGGAUCACCUUUGGGAACCUGAACGGGUGUGAGGAGGGGUUGGUGACAGGGCCGGGCAGGGUGGAGGGGGAGGUGGAUGGACAGAAGGACAGCAGCCCCAGGACUGACACAGACACCCCCUCCCCAGGCAGUGACUCUUCUAGUGUCUCCAGCUCCAGCUCCACAACGUCGUGUCGUGGAGGGGAGAUCCCCCCAUGUGUGUUCGAGCCCCCUCAGGGUUACACUGUGCUGGGAGGCAACCAGAGGGACAACAACAUGCGUGGUGAUGAGGAGGAGGAUCUGCUGCAGUUUGCCAUCCAACAGAGUCUGCUGGAGGCUGGCUCGGAGUACGACCAGGUGACUAUCUGGGAGGCGCUGACCAACAGCAAGCCCAGCACACGUACUCUUCCCUGUGACCCCAGUCGCCUGCAAAGGACUCCCCAGCACAGGCCUUGCCCUCCAGCCAGCCUCUGUAACACGCCCACCAAGAAGCCCCCCACAACCUGCAGCUACGACCAGCAACUCCGCCUGGCAAUGGAAAUGUCGGCGCGGGAGCAGGCAGAGGCCGAGCUACGGCGACGGCAAGAGGAGGAGGAGCUGCAGCGGAUCAUCCAACUGUCACUCUUGGAGAAAUGAGAGCCUGAUUGGCCAGAUGGGCUCUAGGAGGUAUGGGAGAGGAGGAGGGUGGAGGUCCAGAGAGGGUAGUCAAUAAGUUCACUCUACUCCUGGCUGUGACAGCCUUGCUCCUCCGACUGUCCCAUAUCCCCUUUCCCACUGCGCUCCUUCAAUAAGAGCCUGUCUGUGUGGCACAACAGGGCUCUACAGUGCUGAUACAGCUACAGUACAGACUCACUACUCUCUGGUGCCACUCUGCACUCGCAGUCAGUGCAAGUUUACAACAAGAAACAAGAAGAAACACUUGUAAUGGAAUGCUACAUUGACCGACCACAUUAGUGGGAUAGGGUAAUACAAAUUGUGUUUGUGAAGGUCACUCGUUAAUAAAUGGUCCUGUGAUUGGGGUAUAGGGUUUGUGUCCACUUCACAGACCUGGGUCUUAUUCAUUAGGCACCAAUGAAAGAAAAUGUAAUGAAACAGGAAUGGACUACCUGAAAUUGUCCAAUAGAAACACUUGUUUUUGUUUACCGUUGCAAAUCAUUCUGCUAUAGUGUGCCCUAGUGAAUACUGCCCUCUGUGUGAGUGUCAGUUGGGUCAAGUGGGGUGGGAUGUUGAAAUACUCUGUUUCUUCCUCAUUUUUAAUAGAUUGCUACACCCCCCCCUGAUUUGCACAAAAUUGAAAGUGGGUUUGAUUCCCAUAAGGGACCAGUAUGAAAAUGUAUGUGCUCACUACUGUAAGUCGCUCUGGAUAAGAGCGUCUGCUAAAUGACUAAAAUGUUAAUGUUAAAUGUUAAAUGUUACUGUAAUUAGACUGUGGAUGGACACUUGAUGACUGUUAAUAAGUAGAGAAAUAGAAUAAUAAUCCUAUAGAGUUAAUGGUAAUAUGAUAACACUAUGACAGGAGUUCAUGUUAUGAUGUUAACACUAUGACAGGAGUUCAUGUUAAUAUGUUAACACUAUGACAGGAGUUCAUGUUAAUAUGAUAACACUAUGACAGGAGUUCAUGUUAAUAUGAUAACACUAUGACAGUAGUUCAUGUUAAUAUGUUAAUAUGAUAACACUAUGACAGGAGUUCAUGUUAAUAUGAUAACACUAUGACAGUAGUUCAUGUUAAUAUGUUAAACCCUAUGACAGGAGUUCAUGUUAAUCUGAUAACACUAUGACAGGAGUUAAUGCUAAUAUGAUACGAGUUCAUGUUAAUAUGAUAACACUAUGACAGGAGUUCAUGUUAAUAUGAUAACACUAUGACAGUAGUUAAUGUUAAUAUGAUAACUCUAUGACAGGAGUUCAUGUUAAUAUGAUAACACUAUGACAGGAGUUCAUGUUAAUAUGAUAACACUAUGACAGUAGUUAAUGUUAAUAUGAUAACUCUAUGACAGGAGUUCAUGUUAAUAUGAUAACACUAUGACAGUAGUUCAUGUUAAUAUGAUAACACUAUGACAGAAGUUAAUGUUAAUAUGAUAACACUAUGACAGUAGUUUAUGUUAAUGUGAUAAUGUGAUAACACUAUGACAGGAGUUAAUGUUAAUAUGAUAACACUAUGACAGGAGUUCAUGUUAAUAUGAUAACACUAUGACGGGAGUUCAUGUUAAUAUGGUAACACUAUGACAGGAGUUCAUGUUAAUAUGGUAACACUAUGACAGGAGUUAGUAUUAAUAUAAUAACACUAUAGAGAUAAUGUUAAUAGGUUAACCCUAUAGAGUUAAUGUUAAUAUGUUAAUGUGAUAACACUAUGACAGGAGUUA